CAAAAUUUCGAGAUCUAAUAAUCUCAGAGGCAAACUUAGGAAAGCAAAGCUGGAGCAAUUGAAGACAAUAGGGAGGGAGCUCGCCAUGGGCUCCCAUGGCGGUUUCUACCAAUCCAAGGAGUUUCUCGAUCUCGUAAAGUCCAUCGGCGAGUGUCGAUCCAAGGCGGAGGAGGAUCGCAUAGUUCUGAACGAGAUCGAGACUCUUAAGCGCCGUAUCUCCGAGCCCGACAUCCCCAAGCGCAAGAUGAAGGAGUACAUAAUCAGAUUAGUCUACGUUGAGAUGCUCGGCCACGACGCCUCCUUUGGCUACAUUCAUGCCGUUAAGAUGACUCACGAUGAUAAUUUGCUGGUCAAGCGAACUGGGUAUUUGGCUGUUACGCUUUUCUUGAAUGAGGACCAUGAUUUGAUCAUCUUGAUUGUGAAUACAAUUCAGAAGGAUUUGAAGUCGGAUAAUUAUUUAGUUGUCUGCGCUGCCUUGAAUGCGGUGUGUAGACUGAUUAACGAGGAGACUAUUCCAGCAGUGCUGCCACAGGUGGUGGAGUUGCUGGGGCAUUCCAAGGAGGCCGUCAGGAAGAAGGCUGUUAUGGCGCUUCACCGGUUUUAUCAAAGGUCUCCAUCGUCGGUUUCACAUCUGGUCUCGAAUUUUCGCAAGAAGCUAUGUGAUAAUGAUCCUGGAGUUAUGGGUGCAACACUUUGCCCCCUUUUUGAUCUUAUAACAAUAGAUGUUAAUUCUUAUAAAGAUUUGGUCAGCAGCUUUGUAAGCAUUCUCAAACAAGUGACUGAGCGCAGAUUGCCAAAGACUUAUGAUUAUCAUCAGAUGCCAGCCCCUUUCAUUCAGGUCAAGCUGCUGAAAAUUUUGGCAUUGCUGGGAAGUGGUGAUAAGCAUGCAAGUGAAAGCAUGUAUACUGUAGUUGGUGACUUAUUCAGGAAGUGUGAUUCUUCGAGUAAUAUAGGAAAUGCAGUGCUAUAUGAGUGCAUAUGUUGUGUCUCCUGUAUAUAUCCCAAUCCAAAGUUAUUAGAGGCUGCAACUGAUGUAAUAUCAAGAUUUUUGAAGAGUGACAGUCAUAACCUAAAAUAUAUGGGGAUUGACGCUCUUGGUCGGUUGAUAAAGACAAAUCCAGAGAUUGCUGAGCAACACCAAUUGGCUGUGAUUGACUGCUUAGAGGAUUCAGAUGACACUUUAAAAAGAAAAACUUUUGAACUACUCUACAAAAUGACCAAGUCAUCCAAUGUAGAGGUUAUUGUUGAUCGCAUGAUUGAUUACAUGAUUAGCAUCAAUGAUAAUCAUUUCAAAACUGAAAUAGCAUCUCGAUGUGUUGAACUAGCAGAACAAUUUGCACCAAGUAAUCAGUGGUUCAUCCAGACCAUGAAUAAAGUCUUUGAGCAUGCGGGAGAUAGGGUGAAUAUUAAGGUGGCCCACAAUUUGAUGCGGUUGAUUGCUGAGGGAUUUGGGGAGGAUGAUGAUACUGCAGAUAGUCAACUGAGAUCAUCUGCUGUAGAAUCAUAUUUGCACAUUCUUAGUGAACCAAAGCUGCCGUCUGUUUUUCUUCAGGUCAUUUGUUGGGUCUUGGGAGAAUAUGGGACUGCAGAUGGAAAGUUCUCAGCUUCCUAUAUUACUGGAAAAUUAUGUGAUAUUGCAGAGGCAUAUUCAAAUGAUGAGACAAUGAAGGCUUAUGCGGUUACAGCGCUCAUGAAAGUUUAUGCAUUUGAAAUGGUGGCCGGGAGAAGAGUGGAUAUGCUUCCUGAGUGUCAAUCCUUAAUAGAAGAAUUAUUGGUUUCACACUCAACAGAUUUGCAGCAACGUGCUUAUGAACUGCAGGCAGUCAUUGGCCUGGAUGCUCAUGCUGUUGAGUGCAUUAUGCCAUCAGAUGCAAGUUGUGAAGAUAUUGAGGUUGAUAAAGGCCUAUCAUUCCUUAAUACUUAUGUCCAAGAGUCACUAGCAAAGGGGGCUCAGCCCUAUAUUCCUGAGAGUGAACGUUCUGGAAUGUUAAACGUCAGCAGUUCACAGAACCAAUACCAUCAUGAAGCAUCUACCCAUGGUCUUAGGUUUGAAGCAUAUGAGCUUCCGAAGCCUGUGGUGCAGUCAAGGAUUCCUCCAACUGCACUUGCAUCAUCAAGUGAACUUGUUCCUGUGCCUGAGCCAUUGUAUUCUAGGGAGAGCCAGCAGGUUGCAUCAGUAACAUCUGUAUCAGAUGCAGGAUCAUCGGAGCUGAAGUUACGACUUGAUGGGGUUCAGAAAAAAUGGGGUAGACCAACUUACCCCUCUCCUAUUACCACCACCACCUCAAAUACUACAACACAGAAUACAACUAACGGGGUCACACAAGUUGACAAUUUGAAAACUCGUGAUACUUAUGAUUCAAGAAAAACACCCGUUGAAGUUUGUUCAGAAAAGCAGAAGCUUGCUGCUUCACUUUUUGGAGGAACAUCAAAAACAGAAAAGAGGCCAUCCUCUGGUGGCCAUAGAAUUUCAAAGACAGCUUAUGCAUCAAAAUCUAGUGAUGACAUUUCAUCAGUGAAGGCAGCUCUGGUUCAACCACCUCCAGUUCAACCUCCUCCAGACUUGCUUGACUUGGGGGAAUCAACUGCUACAAGCAGUGCUCCUCCUGUGGUGGAUCCAUUUAAGCAACUGGAAGGGCUUCUUGAUUCAGCCCAAGAUAAUUCAGCUGUGAACUAUGGGGCAACUGCUGCUGCAAAAGGACCUGAUAUUAUGUCACUCUAUGCAGAGACCGCUGCAGGAAUGGAGACUAGUGGUAUUGCAUAUUCCACGCCGACUAAUAGGGAUGAUCUUUUAUCUGGCUUGUCAAACCCAAGUACCAGAAGUGUGCCAGGAGGUACUACAGUGACACAACCAGUGCAAUUUAGUAAAGGUCCAAACCCUAAAGAUUCCUUGGAAAAGGACGCAAUGGUUAGGCAGAUGGGUGUAAACCCAUCAAGUCAGAAUCCCAACUUGUUCAAAGAUUUACUCGGAUGAAGUUAAAAGAGUUUAUAUGAUUGCUUGCUUAGUGGUUGCAGCACGGUUUUCCAUGCUGUUAGGUACUUGAUAGCCAACUAUUCUUCCUAUACGGGUUAGAACGGCAGAGAUAACGUUAUUCGGCUGAGUUUGUGCGUGAGUUUUAAGAUCUGGGUACAGAUUUGUAGUUGUUGAACAGAAUUAUAGGAAGAACAAAAAGUGAGUCUGCCUUGGCAACUCCCUGAGCUACUUGCAGCUGAGCUUUUGCUGCUUGUUUUGGCCAUCGAGGGUUCUUAGCAUACUUGAAGAUGAUAGUAAGUUUUGCCUACCAUGCUGGCUAACUUUUGAUCUUUACAAUCAAGUCCUUUGUUGUCGGUCACUGUAUGCUGUAUCAAUAAUCCUCUUCAAGAGGGAGGGGCUGUUUUAAUUCCGUUCCAUUAUAAAUUUUCUUGUAGAGUCAUGUUUAUUAUUAUUAUUAUUUUUGAACUAGGAUAACCACCCAUUACAACUAUAACAUAUUUUUAAUAAAGGGUGAGAAAGGGA